AUGCCGGACGUGAAGCCUCCUCCAGCAUGUGACUACCCCUCCUCCUCUGCCUCCUCUUCCUCCCUGCGCCUCGUCAUCGACAUGGAGCCCUGCAUCGCCGACCUCCCCCCGUCCCCCGACCCCCUGUCCUCCUUCCCCCGACACAGACCCGACCUCCCUCGCCACCCGGUUCCCUUCCCGCUCAUGUCCAGGUGCAGCAGCAGCACCUUGCUCACUAACCUGGGGCUGAGGUACUGCUCCGCCAGGCCGGGCCCUCUGGGUCCUGGUCCUGGUCCGGGACCCUUUGGCUACACAGCGGGCAACAGGCCCUACAGGAGCAUGGAGAACCUGAAUUGGAACGCCGUGGCGGAUUCUGUUUUUUGUGCGUUCAACGGCGCCCCCUACAGGAGCACGGACGGCGAGUUCAUUUUACACUACACCUCCAACAGCCACUGGUACGACGGGCCCCCUGACGGGUCCAUGGUGGGGGCCCCUGGUCUGACCCCCCACCAAGAGAGCCUGGCAUUGUACCCUCGACACCUGCUGCCCAGGAAGGACUUGCCGCUCUUCCCGCAGUUGCUGUUUUCGGGCGGCGUCGACGAAUGGGACGCGAGGAAGGGCCUGAGGGAGAAGCUCCGCCUCCAGAGCGCGAGGUCGUCCGUGGAGCCUCAGAAGCCCCUCCCACUGCGGCCUCCGGCCGCCACCGGCGUCGCGUCCAUGCCGCCGGGCUCGACGCGCAUCACCAGCCCCGAGGAGAUCAAGCAGGAGGUGCUGCGGCGCCUGCAGCUCCGGCGGCAGAACAGCAGCCCAAACCUGGUUCUCCACGGCUCCCCGUCCAGCCCGACGGCGGCGGAGAACACCGCGGGGAACCGGAGCCGACCUCCCGCCGGACGCCUCCACAUCCCCACGUUCGAGGAGUUCAAGAGGAUGAGGCAGAAGGAGCGAGACCAGGACCAGGAGUCCGCAGCAGCGGAAACAUCGGACGCGAAGGUUCCCCCUUCCGGAGGAGGGAACCGGGAGCAGCCGGAGCCCCCGGAGGAGGUGCAGGGAGAACCCAGACCCACGAGGAGCAGCCAGCUCACCGCGUACGCUCCCAUCUGCACGGGCCCGUCUCCUCGCUCCCCCCUGCAGACCCUGGCCAGCUCCACCCAGGAGAGAGAGGAGGCGAGCAGCAGCCGGAGGAGGAGGAGCAGCCUGGAACCGGCCGGGUCGGUUCCCUUCCCGCCCGGCAGGGAGAACCAGAGCCGGCCGUCCAGCUGCUGCCCGGCGCUCCUCCUGGAGGGGCCGGACCUGUCCCGCUACGGAGCCAAGAUCUACAAGAUGAAGGACGGCCUCAUCGGCUCGGCUCUGGACCUCAUCAAGAAGAGCUGCAGUGCAGAGAUCUCCUCUGAGGCCCCCGUCAGGCUGUCAGGUGACCGUGACGUCACCACCCCCCCCUCCGCCGUCGCCAUGCACGCCGCUCUGCGCUGCCGGCGCUCCAGCUCGGACGCCGCCUACGAGCUGGCUGAGACCGUGAAGGUGCAGCGUGAGUGCCGCCUGCGGCCUCACUACAGCGACCCCAUGCCGGCCGACGCCUCCAAGCGCAAACAGCUGGAGAUGAAGAUCGCUGCGGCGGCACGACUCCACGGCCACCGCCGAGACCGGGACCGGGACAGUGCAGCUCUGCGCGGUCGCUCUGAGCCGCCCGGCGAGGAGCGCCAGCCGGCUCUGGGCGCGACGCGGCCCGGGCAGCACCGCUGGAGCACCAUCAGCAGCCUGAGCGUGGACAGCGGCGUGGUGGGCCUCAGCGACGAGCGGGAGGAGGAGGAUAGCGAACCUCGCCGCUACCGCCGGAGCCGGGGCUCCGAGGUGGAGCGGGUGGACAGCGGCAUCGGCCCCGGGUUGUCCCGCACCUCCUGGAAGAGGCCGUCGGCAUCCCUGCGGGCCUGGGAGGCCCAGAGACCCUGUCCGGACUGUGGACUCAGGGACGGGGCCUCCAAAGAGCGAGGCCAGCGAAUGUGCGAGCGCUGCUCCAAGCUGCGCACCGAGCGCAAGGAAGCCAUCCUGGAGUUCCUGAACACGGAGUCCAGCUACGGCGAGGACCUGCGCAUCAUCAGGGACGAGUUCUACGGCCCCAUGCAGAGCGCCGGGCUGCUGGUGGCCGAGCAGCUCGCCGUAGUGUUCGGCAACGUGCACGAGCUCAUCGACGUCAACGACCGCUUCACUGAACACCUGCAGAACAGCAUCGACCAGGCCUUCGACCAGCAGAUGCUAAAUCUAGAGAAGUAG